GUGAAGUUGGGGUCAGCUUUCCAAAGGAAUUACUUUUAAUCGGGAGUAUAUAUAUCGAGAAUUUGCGUUGUGUUAGGUAAUUAUGGUCUGUUGUCUGUGGUUAGCUAAGUGUUUAUGUUAUGAUGCGGCGUGAGUGAAACGGUUGCGUAUUAAUGUAACGUUGCCUAACUUUUUAAAUACAAACAUCGCGGAAGACAAGAUGGCUUAUAGCGUUACUCAAGAAUACCUUCAGAUACCUCCUGUCACCAGAGCGUACACGACUGCCUGUGUUCUGACAACAGCUGCUGUGCAACUGGAGUUCAUCACACCUUUUCAAUUGUACUUCAACCCUGAACUCAUAUUAAAAAGGUACCAGUUAUGGCGACUGAUCACCAACUUCCUGUUUUUUGGUCCCCUCGGAUUCAGUUUCUUGUUCAACAUGAUCUUUCUAUAUCGGUACUGUCGAAUGCUCGAAGAAGGCUCUUUCCGUGGUCGCACCGCAGACUUUGUCUACAUGUUUUUCUUUGGAGGACUUCUAAUGACUUUCUUCGGUUUCUUUGCCAGUCUGUUCUUCCUGGGUCAGGCUUUCACGAUCAUGCUGGUGUACGUUUGGAGCAGACGAAACCCCUUUGUGCGAAUGAACUUUUUUGGUCUCCUCAACUUUCAGGCACCCUUUUUACCCUGGGUGCUCAUGGGAUUUUCACUGUUGCUAGGCAACUCCAUCGUCAUUGACCUUUUAGGUAUUGGUGUAGGACACAUGUACUAUUUCUUGGAGGAUGUGUUUCCUAAUCAGCCAGGUGGCAAGAAACUGCUGACAACACCUGGACUGUUACGAGCUCUUUUUGACCCGGCGGAGACCGAUCCCGACUACUCCCCUCUUCCGGAAGAUCAGAGCGGCGUGGUCCGGCAGGGACAGGGUCCCGACGGAGAGCCGAUUCAAAGGCAGGAGGAGCAGGAUCGAGAUCUCUAGGAGGCCAGACGCAACCUCGUUUAGGAGCCAGAGUUCUCUACUCUUCGGCGCGUAGGAGCAUCAAGAAGUUAAGGACUAUUAAAGACGACUCAACUCGCCAAGGCUUGUACAGAACCAAAAAGGUCACACAGAUUACAUUUCACCCAAAUGGAUGACCCAGUUUGUCCCCUCUCAGCCACUGUAGUGCCUCCGCCCCUAAAUGAUCAGAUCAAGCUGUUCUCUUUU